AUGGCACUGAGACCAACAACUGAUGUUUACAAUGCACUAUUAGAGGGACUAUAUUGGGAUGGCAGAAUAAACACUGCAAAGAGGAUUUUUAAUGAGAUGCAACGUUCUGCAGAGAAGUUUCUUAAUGAGAGGGCAUUUGCUUCUCAUUUUCCAGAUGUAGUUACAUACAUCCUUAUAUUAAAUGGUAUUUUCCAGAAUGGGAAAAUGGAGGAGGGGGCUGGCAGGUUGGAAAAUGCAAGAAAACUUUUUAAUCACAUUCCAAGAAAAAGAUUAGUUCCUAAUGUGGUAACAUACAACACAAUGAUCAGAGGAGGAAAAGAGACAGGAAAGGCAUUGCAGUUUCUUCGGCAAGAUGUAUGGAAGACACUUGCAUCAAGUGAUUCUACCGUCAUCAAUGGUGGUUCGGAGGAAAAGAGACUGGCAACGCAUUGCAGAAUCUUCGCAAUAUGCUAA